AUGAAUCGAUUUUGUUCAUUAUUUUCUUUCGAUUCAUCCUUCAAUCAUCUUGAAUCACUUGUUCUUUAUGAAUGUCAAUCAGAUUUAUUUAUCUCAAUAUUGAAUAAUUUAUCUUGUUUAAUUUCAUUAACUCUUAAGAUGUUCAAAGGUUUAACAAAUUUAAAAAAUGUUUAUGAAAUAACUCUAAAACUUUCAAUGUUAAAAUAUUAUAAUGUAUUAACAGAACCUUCAAAUUUAUUAAUUUCAAUACCUAUUAAUAUUGAUCAACAAUUUAAUUUUAUUACACAUCUUGUCAUUGAAAAUCAUUGUAAUUUUAAUAAUAUUUUGACAAUUAUUUCAUAUACAUCGCAACUUUAUCGUCUAGAUUAUACAAAUAGAAACUUUAAUGAUAGAAAUAUUGAAAUAAAUUCAUCAAUUAAAUUAGCAAAUUUAAAAUAUCUUUUCAUACAUAUAUUUAAUACAAAAUUUGAUAUAUUUGAAAUGUUUCUUAGAAAAAUUGAUUCAAAAUUAAAAGUUUUUUCUUUUAUUACUCGAUAUGAAGAUAUUACUUAUCUUGAUGCUAAUCGAUGGGAAAAUCUUAUUUCAAAAUAUUUGUUUCAAUUAGAAAAAUUUUAUUUACAAUAUUUUGCAAGUUGUGAAAAAGAUUCACAAACUCAAAUUUAUCAUGGUAAACCAAAUCAAUUUAUAUCAUCAUUUUGGAUUAAACGAAAAUGGAUAUUUGAAGUUCAACGAGAUUUGACAAGUAUCAUCUACUCAGUUCGACCAUAUAAAAAACGGUGGAAUGAAUAUAUUCAAGAUGAGAUUAAAGAUGUUUCUUCAGAUCUUUCGAAAUCGACUCAUUUAAUUUUUGUGUAUAUGUGUCCAAAUGAAUGGCGGAAUAUUAUUAAUGUAUAUAUUAAACGUAUUUUAUGUGUAACACAAAUUUAUCAUUUGACCAUUUCUGUAGAAAAGAUUUUUGUUGGUGUUUUAAUUUCAAUCUUAGAUUCAUUGCCAAAACUUCAAUCAUUAAAAAUUCAUUGUUUGUCUUUUGCUGAUCCAAAAAACAUGAAUCAUAAAGAUUAUAAAAUUUUUUUCUCAACAAAAUCUAAAAGCAAAAUUACCAAAGUCUAUAUUGAGAAAAUUGAUCACACUAAAGAAUUUUAUUUUCUAAGUGCACUUUGUCCUCAUUUGAUGUAUCUUAAAGUUGACUGGAUAAACGGUCAAGAGAAUACGAUGCCAUGUCAACUUAUUUGUUUGGAAUGA